AGGUCAGAAGACAUUUAAAAGGAGAAGAUCUAUCAUCAAUUGGGCCUUUUGGCAGGGUUCUGGCACUCACCUGGAUAACUUGCCCAUGUCCCCAACCUCUCCUAUGACAGGGCAGCUCUUUGGAGUGUCUCUGCCAAAUAUCUGUGAGAAUGACAAUCUGCCCAAACCUAUCUUGGAUAUUCUUGUUUUCCUUAAUCAAAACGGACCCCUCACAAAUGGCAUCUUCAGACAGUGCGCCAGUGUGAAAUUGUGCAAAGAGCUGAAGGAGAAGCUGGACGCGGGAGCAGACGUGCCCCUGGACACUGAAUCCAUUUUCGUGAUAGCGUCUGUUCUGAAGGAUUUUCUACGACAUAUUCCCAGAAGUGUUUUCUCAUCAGAUCUCUAUGACCAAUGGGUCUGUGUAAUGGAUCAAGGAAAUGAUGAAGAGAGAAUAAAUACAAUUCAAAGGCUGUUGGACCAGCUUCCGAGAGCCAAUAUUGUUCUUCUAAGGUACCUUUUUGGGGUACUACACAAUAUUGAGCAACACUCCUCAUCCAAUCAGAUGAACGCAUUUAAUUUAGCGGUGUGUAUCGCUCCGAGCAUUCUUUGGUCUUCUACUACCUACAGCCCAGAAUUAGAAGGCGAAUUUACAAAAAAGGUUACCCUGCUUAUUCAAUUUGUGAUUGAAAAUUGCUGUAGAAUAUUUGGAGAAGAAAUCACUUCCCUCUUUGGAGAGGUGUCAGUGAGGUGUGACAUUAGAGAGAAUGCCUCAGAUAUCUCUUGCUUACAAAUGACCGACGCCUCCUAUGACGGCUUGGAAAACGAGCUGAAUGAGGAUGUUGACGCUCCAUGCAGUGACCUGGUGACUACCCUCGGCCAGGGUAGCAGAAGCAUGGACUCAGUCCUCACCCUCAGUGACUGUGACCCCGACCAGCCCGAGCUGGAAGGUCUUUUAACCCUGAGCGACUUUGACUUAGACAAUCCUAAACAUGAAGACAUUCAAAUGGAAGGGCCUCUCGAAUCCAAGCCGGUGACUGUCCCAGGACUGUACGGAGAGGCCAGCCUGCAGGACCAUGGCGGGGCCCCGUCUGGCGCCGCCACACCCAGCUACCUGACCACGGCUGCAGCAGAUGCUCCGAAAAGCCCGCGGCGACAGCGGCGCUGCUCCGAGCCCAGCAUCGACUAUCAAGAUACAAAGCUGUCCUCUUUCCGGGAGUUUUACCAGAAAAAGCUACGCAAGUCCAGCUGUGAUGCAAUUCUCUCACAGAAAGGUGAGGACCAUCUGAAGCAAAGGGAACCCCCACAGGAGGAGGGUAAGAUGUAUUUUAAACAGGCUCUAGUAACAGGCACUGACAUCAAGAAAAAUGCCUCUAAUAAAAGUGCUAAGAAGAAGGGCUUCUUUGGUAUGCAAGGAAGUCAGGUGAAGUGCCCCCCGCCCUCAAAGCCAGUGGCCAUUUCUGUGGCAUCUUGCAAUUACAUGUCCUCACAUGAUUGUCCCAGGAGCCAGCCCUUGGAUGCAGACACACCUGGACACGCCCCGCCACACACAGCAGAUGCCCCCAAGAGUUCCAAGAGGCACCGGCGCUGCUCAGAAACCAGCAUCGACGACCAGCGCUCUAAGCUGAGCUAUCUCAGGGGGAUUUUCUCAAGGAAACACAACAAAACCAGCUUUGAAGUACGCCCCUUGUCUGGAGGGGAGUAUCUCCAGCAGCACAAGUCUUUACAAUUGGAGGGCCAAAAGCUCAUUAACCAGAGCUUGGUCAUGGGGAUCGAGGUGGGCAAGAGCGGUGCCACCGACCAGAACCCCGAGAAGCUUUUACCCUCAAAAUUAAGCACCUGCCCCAGGACAAGCUGUUCUAGCUUGUCCUCCCCAGGCACCUCCCCAUCUGGCUCCUCAGUGAGCUCCCAGGAUAGUGCUUUCUCUCAGAUUUCAGAGCAUUCCGUGUUUACACCCAACGAAACGUCCUCCCCAGUAGAUUGCACUUUUCAGGCCCCAAGCCAGCAGGGAGAACCGUCCGACUCCAGCAGCACCAGACUCCUUUCUGGAGUGCCUGGUCCCGCCUCUGAGCAGGCCAGCAGCCGCCUGGCUUAUUCAAAUAAGGACACCUUAGAGCGGCAUUCACAGAUGCAUUCUGUAACCCUUCAUCCCAGCACAUGGCUAAGAAAUGGUAUGGCCAGCUUGAAAAACUGGUCCCUCAAAAACAAAGCCAGGGCAGCCAAGGCAGAGGAAAAGAAAAUAUCUUCUCUGCCAGGGCCCGCAGAGCCCCCUCCCCAUGCUUCUGGGGCUCCAGAAGCCAACCCACAGCAAGAGACACAGAAAGACAUGCCCCCGACGGUACCUGCAGGACUUGCAGCUGCGCCUACAGCCCAGCGGGACAGCUCCGAUCCCAGCCACGUCUCCGAGCCACGCCGUAGCUCUCCACCCAGCCUAGUGGAAGGCACAGUGGAGCUCUGUCUGAAGUCACAGGAGGAAGAAGAGAGUAGCGGGCCGUGCUCUCCUGGCACCCCGCCGUGUGCAAUAUCCUCGCCAAGCUCUUUGGUUAUAGAUGAUGAGUCCGGCCCAGACUCAGGGCCUGCACCAGUGUGUGAUGUUGAGGACAAACAUUCAACCAAAGACAUUUUACCACAAGAAGAACCUGAUGUCUAGAAGAACAGGAAGAACAGAAAAUGGCCUAAUAACAUCAAGACAAUAUUCAUUAUGACCCCUUUGUGUAAAGUACCUGGAAUAGGUGGCAUAAAGAUAAUUAUUGCUAAUACUUAGUACAAUAAAAUAAUUCUCUUUACUAAGACCAUGUGGCAAGAAGUUUUACUACAAUUUUAGAGAUACUAGCAGAGUUAGAGAAAGUGUCUUCUUUUUUUUUCGUUUUAUAAACUUUAUUGAAUUUAUUAGGUAACAUUGGUAAAUAAAAGUAUAUAGGUUUCAGGUGUACAAUUAUAUAAUACAUCAUCAGGAUAUUGUAUUGUGUGUUCACCACCCAAAGUCAAGUCUCCUUCCAUCACCAUUUAUCUCCCUUUGCCCUCUCCUGUGACUCCACACCCCCUUUCCAUCUGGUAAUCACCAUACAGUUGUCUGUGUCUAUGAGGGUUUUUUGUUGUUUGUUUGUUUUUUUGGGGGGGUGGGGGUACUUAAUCCCUUCACCUUUUUCACCCAGCCCACCAACCCCCAUAACCUCUCAGAGCUAUCAGUCUCUAUGCGUCUGUUUCCAUUUUGUUUGUUAG